AUGUGCCGUUCAUUAGUACCUUCAUCAACAUCUAAUGACCUUCAAGCAACACUUGAUGAGAUUGUUGAUGAAAAGUAUCAGAAAUAUCAACAAUUGAAGAUAUUAGAAAAAGAAGAACAAAGAAUUGUCGAUGAAGAGAAGAAGAUUCAAGAUAAAAAGAAAAAGAUCGAAGAAGAUAAAAAGAAGAUCGAAGAAUAUAUAAAGAAGAUCGAAGAAGAAGAGAUGAUGGUUGAAGAAGACGAAAAAAACGUCAUAUUAGCUAAGAAGAAGCUUGAAGAUGAAAAGAAAAAGAAGCCUGAAGAUGAAGAAGUCUCAAGCAGAUUGACUAUUAUUCUCAUUAUUUGUUCUUGUUAA